AUGGCACGAGGCGGCGGUCGCGGCGGUGGUCGCAAACCAUUUCGCGGCAAGGGUAAAGGUCGCGGCGGCGGCGGCGGUGGUGGAGGACGUGAUACUCGCUCAGAGCCAUGGUCCACCAUUGAGCGCAAGAAUGAGCUCUUCGAGAGCUACUAUCGCAUGGGAGGAUUCCUGGAAGAAGCAGAGUUCGAGGAGAUGUGGAAGGCUCUCCAGACCGAUCUGCCAAACAGUUUCCGCUUCACUGGGACCAAGUCCGAUGCCCUUGCAGUGCGCGAAAUCUUCAAGCAGCGCUACAUCCCGGCGAUCGCAUCCAAGCAGUUCGAAGGCAAGCCCGUGUCGCCUCCCGAGGCAGUCCAGGCCUUCCCCGAUGAGCUCGUAUGGCACAUGAAGACGCACAAGAAGGUCAUUCGACGACAUGCGCCCUUUGCCGACUUCCAGAAGUUCCUCGUCGCCGAAGCCGCGUCCGGAAACAUCAGCAGACAGGAAGUUGUCAGCAUGAUACCGCCACACUUUCUCGAUGUCAAGCCAGGCAUGGUAGUCCUCGACAUGUGCGCAGCACCGGGAAGCAAGUCGGCACAAUUGGCUGAGAUGAUUCACGGUGAUGAGGAAGAGCGCGUACAGCGGGUAGCAAACGGCGAGUCGGUCGAUCUUAGUCAAGACGGUGACUACAGCGACGACGGGCGCUCAACAGGUCUCCUUAUCGCGAACGACUCCGACUACAAGCGCGCCGGCAUGUUGGUCCACCAGGUCAAGCGCCUCAACUUCCCCAACCUUAUCGUAACUCAACACGACGCCUCCAUCUUCCCCUCGAUCGAGCUACCUAGCGACGGCCAGAGGAAACAAUACCUGAAGUACGACAGGAUCCUGGCUGAUGUGCCUUGCUCCGGUGACGGAACAGCCCGCAAGAACCCGAACGUAUGGCAGAAGUGGACGCCUAAGGAUGGUCUUGGUCUUCACGGACUCCAGCUGCGCAUCCUGUUCCGAGGUCUUCAGAUGCUGAAGAAGGGUGGCCGCAUGGUGUACUCUACCUGCAGUUUGAACCCCGUGGAGAACGAGGCUGUCGUCGCAGCAGCCAUCGAGGCUUGCGGUGGUAACUCGAAGGUCCGACUCGUGGACUGCUCAGACCACCUGCCAAACCUCAAGCGAAAGCCCGGUCUCAACGUGUGGAAGGUGCUCGACACAUCGUCAGUCACUGCCGGAGGAGAGAAGACCGCUCACAUGUUUACCAACUGGGAGGCAUACCAGAAAGCGAGGGCAAAGUACGAGGCCGAAGAGCCCGAACGUCAGUUCUCCACCAAGGUCACUCCCGGAUGCUUCCCCCCUGUACCGAAGUCCGAGGAGGAGCGCAUCCCUCUUGAAAACUGCAUUCGUGUUUACCCACACUUGCAAGAUACUGGCGGUUUCUUCAUCGCCAUCCUUGAGAAGGUGGAUGACAUCAAGAUUGCGCAGGUACAGAACCCAGAGAACUUGGCCAAGGCCCAGAGGUCGCACGCCAACGCCGACACAACCACUGACUCAUCGAUCCCCACUCCUGCUGAGAACGUGAUUGAAGCCGACGCUACCAAGACAGAGUCUGCAGAUGAGACCUCUGAGACGGCUCCCCUGAAGCGUAAGCUGGAGGAGGAUGAAGAUACCGAAGCCCCCAAGAAGGCCAAGACCGAGGAUGCAGUCGCUGAGGCAGCACAAACACCAGACGCAAAGCCUGCCACCAACGGCUCAGCUGCCCGUUUGAAGCCUGAGAACCAGUCGCAAGCCAAGGAGUACUUUGAAUACCUCCCAUCUGACGAUGCAACCAUCGCCUCCAUCAUGAACUUCUUUGGCAUCGACGACCGCUUCCCACGCGACCGCUUCAUGGUCAAGAACAAGGAGGGUCUCUCCCUCAACAAGAUCUACUACACUUCCGAUCUGGCCAGGACUAUCCUCACGCUCAACAAAGACCGCGGCAUGAAGUUCAUUCAUUGCGGUGUCGUCAUGUUCGUCGCACACAAGAUCAAAGACCAGGAUCGUACGCAAGCACCAUGGAGGUUACAAAACGAGGGUAUCCGUAUCCUCGAGCCAUGGGCAAGGAAGCGCAUAGUCAAGCUAGAGAAGAAGGAAACCCUUCACCAGCUCAUCCGCGAGAUGUUCCCUAAGCUACCCAAAGAGGGCGACACCGGCCUCGGCGAAGUCGGUUCGCAGCUCCAACAGAUGGACGUGGGCUGCUGUUUUAUCCGCGUCGAGAAGGACGACGAGAAGGGUAUUCCGUUCCGCAUGGUACUUCCUCUCUGGAGACAUCCUGGCAGUGCCAAUCUCAUGGUCGACAAGGAUGACCGCAAAGCCAUGCUGCUUAGGUUAUUCAACGAGAAGGACACCGAGAUUAUCAACCAUGUUGCCGAUAAGGCCAAGGCGGAGCAGCAAGCCCGCGAUGCUGAAGAGGCAGGCGAGGAUGACGCCAAGGUGAAGGAUGAGGGAGAUGUUAGUGACGGCGAGCAAGCCACCGAGGCCAUGGUCGCUGAAGAGGAAGAGGGCGCUAUGAAGGUUGAGGUCGAAGACGACGAUGUGAAGAUGGAGGGUGAUGCUUAG